ACUAGGACUUAUAAUUUCCGGUCCUUAAAAUCUAUAAAUACGCACACUUUCCACUCUAUUUCAUUCACAACAAAACCCCGAAAAAAAGUACGUAACAACUAAAGACUUUGGUUAUCAUGGCUAACAUCAAACUAGCAUUCUUUGUUGUUCUUGCUCUUUGUUCUUCUCUUCCUCUCCGUCUCCAUGCACUCUCUCAACAAAUACCGAAAAUAGAUGCGAUUUAUCAAUUUGGCGAUUCGAUAUCCGACACCGGUAACUUGAUACGUGAAUCCCCCAUUGGAGAACAUACAACCUUUGCAAGACUUCCUUAUGGACAAACUUACUUCCAUAAGCCUACUGGUCGUUGCUCCAAUGGCCUUCUCAUGAUCGAUUUUUUUGCAAGAUACUUGAAGUUGCCCUUUCUUGAUGCAUAUCUUAAUGAAGCUGGUAACUUCACUCAUGGCGUGAACUUCGCUGUUGCGGGAUCAACAGCCCUCGAUACUUCAACCUUAACUGCUAAAAACAUUACAUCGCCGGUCACCAACAGUUCAUUAUCUGUUCAAAUGGCUUGGUUUAGGUCUCACCUUCAUUCAAUUUGCCCUAAUCCAAAAGAUUGUAAAACCAAAAUCGCAAAGUCAUUGUUUAUCAUUGAAACUGGAGGCAACGACUUUAACUACGCAUUUUUUGGACGAAAAACAAUGAACGAAGUUCAACAAAUGGUGAAUGAAGUAAUUCAAGCCAUCACUAGUUCCGUGAAGGAAGUGAUUGGUUUUGGUGCUACAAAAGUUGUAAUUCCGGGUAACUUUGCAAUUGGUUGCAUGCCUAUUUAUCUUAGCGCUUUCAAGACGAGUGACUCAAAUAUGUAUGACGAGCUCCAAUGUCUAAAGGGUUUGAAUGGAUUCGCUACGUUUCAAAAUGAUCAGUUACAAGUAGCUAUUAAAGAGCUUCAAGAACAAAAUCCGAAUGUUGCAAUUGUCUAUGCUGAUUAUUUCAAUGCAUUGAAGGGACUCCUUCAAAAUGCUGCUUCAAAUGGGUUUGAGAAGGAUGACGUACAAAAGACUUGUUGUGGAAUUGGUGACAACAAGUAUAAUUUUAACAUAACUCGAAUGUGUGGAAAUAAUGGAGUUCCAGUCUGUCACGAUCCAUCUAAGUUAGUGAGUUGGGAUGGAGUGCAUAUGACUCAACAUGCCUACAGAGUCAUGGCGAAGGGACUAUUCAAGCAAAUUGUUAGAGGCAUCUCUAAUCAAGAAUAAUUUCUUUUAUUAGUGUGUGUUAAUUAUUAUUAGAUCGAUCAUAUCCGGUAACUAUGUUAUAUAUUGUCGAUGCAUUUGACUUUGAUAAAACAUCUACAAGUAUUUGAUUAUUCAAGUAUUUCUUCUUCGUACAGUUGUGACAUGACAUACCUAUU